UUCAUGCAAAUCUCUGGCCGAUUCCUCCCCCCCCCCCAGCACUAGCACCACUUAUUGCUCCGGCUUUGCCUCCUCGUUGCUGUCUAGCCGAACUGCGUCCUGGAUAAGCGUAAGCACGUGUAAACAGGGGGAUCGCUUGACUGAUCCUCUCCUCUCGUGUGGAGGAGUUUUGGGACCACCGGAUCCCGGUGCCCCGCCAGCCACAUGGUGGAUCGCCUAGGUGGGAGUUGAAAGCCGAGAGGAAAAAGGCACCGGGACAAGCCGUUGGAAUCAUGAAUGAGAUGUCCAGCUUCUUGCACAUUGGGGACAUUGUCUCCUUGUACGCCGAGGGGUCGGUCAAUGGCUUCAUCAGCACUUUGGGGCUGGUGGAUGAUCGGUGUGUGGUAGAACCAACAGCUGGUGAUUUGGAUAACCCACCCAAGAAGUUUCGAGAUUGUCUCUUUAGAGUAUGUCCCAUGAACCGCUACUCCGCCCAGAAGCAGUACUGGAAAGCCAAACAAACAAAGCAAGACAAGGACAAGAUUGCUGAUGUGGUGCUGUUACAGAAACUUCAGCAUGCAGCCCAGAUGGAGCAGAAGCAGAAUGAAACAGAGAAUAAGAAGGUGCAUGGGGAUGUGGUGAAGUAUGGAAGUGUCAUACAGCUUCUCCACAUGAAGAGUAACAAAUACCUGACUGUUAACAAGCGCCUCCCUGCCCUAUUGGAGAAGAAUGCCAUGAGGGUGACACUCGAUGCCACAGGCAAUGAAGGCUCCUGGCUUUUCAUUCAACCAUUUUGGAAACUGAGGAGCAAUGGAGAUAAUGUAGUUGUUGGAGACAAAGUGAUUCUGAAUCCUGUGAAUGCUGGACAGCCACUACAUGCCAGCAACUAUGAACUUGCUGAUAACCCUGGAUGCAAAGAGGUGAACUCUGUCAAUUGCAACACCAGCUGGAAGAUCAACUUGUUUAUGCAGUUUCGGGACCACAUGGAGGAAGUGCUUAAAGGGGGGGAUGUAGUCAGGUUGUUUCAUGCAGAGCAGGAGAAAUUUCUUACUUGUGACGAAUACAAGGCCAAGCUGCAUGUUUUUCUUCGAACCACCUUGCGACAAUCAGCCACAUCAGCCACAAGCUCCAAUGCACUCUGGGAAGUUGAGGUGGUCCAUCAUGAUCCCUGUCGUGGUGGAGCUGGGCACUGGAAUGGCUUAUACCGCUUCAAGCACCUUGCCACUGGGAACUAUCUAGCAGCAGAGGAAAACCCCAGUUACAAAGGAGACACUGGCGAGCCAAAGUCCUCGGCUGGAACCAAUCGCUGCAGUCGGAGAUACACAGGGGAAAAGAUCAAGUAUCGACUGGUGGCUGUGCCUCAUGGCAAUGACAUUGCUUCCCUUUUUGAACUGGAUCCCACUACACUGCAGAAGACUGACUCCUUUGUCCCCCGGAACUCCUAUGUUCGAUUGCGUCACCUCUGCACCAACACCUGGAUCCAGAGUACCAAUGUACCCAUUGAUGUUGAUGAAGAGCGACCCAUUCGCCUCAUGCUUGGCACAUGCCCCACCAAGGAGGACAAAGAGGCUUUUGCCAUUGUCUCCGUGCCAGUGUCAGAAAUCCGUGACCUGGACUUUGCCAAUGAUGCCAGCUACAUGUUAGCCAAUGUGGUGGAGAAGAUGAAUGAAGGAUUCCUCAGCCAGAAUGACCGGAGGUUUGUGAUCCAACUGCUGGAGGACUUGGUUUUCUUCGUCAGCGAUGUACCCAACAAUGGGCAGAAUGUUUUGGAUAUAGUUGUUACCAAGCCUAACCGGGAGAGGCAGAAACUCAUGAGGGAGCAGAACAUUCUGAAACAGAUCUUUGGGAUCCUGAAAGCUCCAUUCAAGGACAAGGGUGGGGAAGGUCCACUUGUGCGUCUGGAAGAGCUGUCUGACCAGAAGAAUGCUCCCUACCAGUACAUGUUCCGGCUCUGCUACAGGGUAUUGCGGCACUCCCAGGAGGACUAUCGUAAGAACCAGGAACACAUCGCCAAGCAGUUUGGCAUGAUGCAGUCCCAGAUUGGCUACGAUAUCUUGGCAGAGGAUACCAUCACUGCCCUCUUGCACAACAACCGCAAGCUGCUCGAAAAACACAUCACCAAGACGGAGGUGGAGACCUUUGUGAGCUUGGUGCGAAAGAACCGAGAACCCAGGUUUUUAGACUAUCUAUCGGAUUUGUGUGUGUCAAACCAUGUAGCCAUUCCUGUCACCCAGGAGCUGAUCUGCAAAUGUGUACUGGACCCCAAAAACACUGACAUCCUGAUCCAGACUGAGUUGAGGCCCGUGAAGGAGAUGUCCCAGACUCAUGAGUACUUGAGUAUUGAAUUUUCUGAGGAGGAGGUUUGGCUAACUUGGAGUGACAGAAACAAUGAUCACCAUGAAAAGAGCAUCCGGCAGCUAGCUCAGGAAGCACGAGCAGGCAAUGCCCAUGAUGAGAACAUUCUGAGCUACUAUAGAUACCAGCUGAAGUUGUUUGCCCGCAUGUGCAUGGACAGGCAAUACUUGGCCAUUAAAGAAAUCUCCAAGCAACUGGGAGUGGAGCUAAUCUUCCUCUGCAUGGCAGAUGAGAUGCUGCCCUUUGACCUCCGGGCCUCCUUCUGCCAUCUUAUGCUACAUGUUCAUGUGGACAGGGAUCCACAGGAGAAGGUGAUGCCUGUGAAGUUUGCACGUCUGUGGACUGAGAUCCCUACAGCCAUCACCAUCAAAGACUAUGAUUCCAAUGUGAAUUGCUCAAGGGAUGACAAAAAGAAUAAGUUUGCCAGCACAAUGGAAUUUGUGGAGGAUUAUCUCAACAAUGUGGUCAGCGAGGCAGUGCCCUUUGCUAAUGAGGAGAAGAACAAACUGACUUAUGAGGUUGUCAGUCUUGCCCACAACCUCAUCUACUUUGGCUUCUACAGCUUCAGUGAGCUGCUGCGCCUGACACGGACUCUUCUUGGGAUCAUAGACUGUGUCCAGAAUCCUCAGCUGAUGAUGCAGGCCAUGUACAAUGAUGAUAUGACUGGGAAGAAUGUCCGGAAAUCUAUUCAUGGUGUUGGUCAGAUGAUGUCUACUAUGGUGCUGAACAGGAAGCAGUCCAUCUUUGGUUCUUCAAACAUGCCUGCUGUGGUAGUUCCUGAACCUGCUGAUAGAGGAAGGAGCAUAGAAAAUGAAAACAUUGUGGUGAUGGAAACAAAGCUGAAAAUUCUGGAGAUUUUGCAGUUCAUCUUGAAUGUACGGCUGGAUUACAGGAUCUCCUAUUUGCUCUCUGUCUUCAAGAAAGAAUUUGUGGAGGUCUACCCCAUGCAGGACAGUGGGGCUGAUGGAACAGCUCCAGCCUUUGACUCCACAACUGCAGCAAUGAACUUGGACCGGAUUGGUGAGCAGGCAGAAGCCAUGUUUGCGGUUGGGAAAACAAGCAGCAUGUUAGAAGUGGAUGAUGAAGGAGGGCGGAUGUUCCUUCGUGUGCUGAUCCAUUUGACCAUGCAUGAUUACCCCCCACUUGUCUCGGGUUCCCUUCAGCUCCUCUUCAAACAUUUCAGCCAGAGGCAGGAGGUCCUGCACACCUUUAAGCAGGUUCAGCUACUUAUCUCUGCUCAGGAUGUUGAGAACUACAAAGUGAUCAAGUCAGAGCUGGACAAACUGCGCAUGAUGGUGGAGAAGUCAGAGCUCUGGGUGGAAAAGAAGGGCAGCUCCAAGGGGGAAGAUGGACAAGAAGGGGAGAAGAAGGAGAAGAAAGAGCGUACCACAGACGAGGAGCCUGGGACCCCUGGAGAAAAAAGCAGUGAGAACUACCAACUGGUAAAAGGGAUUCUGGAACGGCUCAAUAAAAUGUGUGGGGUUGGUGAGCAGAUGCGAAAGAAGCAGCAGCGCUUGCUGAAGAAUAUGGAUGCCCACAAAGUGAUGCUGGACCUGCUGCAGAUCCCGUAUGAAAAGGGUGACAACAAGAUGUUGGAGAUUUUGAGGUUAACCCACCAGUUCCUACAGAAGUUCUGUGCUGGCAACCAAGAAAAUCAGGCCCUGCUACAUAAGCAUCUCAACUUGUUCCUCACUCCUGGGUUGCUGGAGGCAGAGACAAUGCAGCACAUCUUCCUGAACAACUAUCAGCUGUGCUCUGAGAUCAGCGAAACGGUGCUACAGCAUUUCAUCCACUGCCUGGCCACGCACGGGCGCCAUGUACAGUACCUUGACUUCCUGCAUACUAUCAUCAAGGCUGAGAGCAAGUACAUAAAGAAGUGCCAGGACAUGAUCAUGACUGAGCUGACAAAUGCUGGGGAUGACGUGGUGGUGUUUUAUAAUGAUAAGACCUCCCUAGUCAACAUGUUGGAGAUGAUGACAGCAGCCCGAGAUGGAGUAGAGGAGAACAGCCCCCUCAUGUAUCACAUCUCUCUGGUGGAUCUGCUGGCAGCCUGCGCUGAAGGCAAAAACGUCUACACAGAAAUCAAGUGCACAUCUCUACUUCCGCUGGAGGAUGUGGUGCGAGUGGUCACUCACGAAGACUGCAUCACGGAGGUGAAGAUUGCUUACGUCAACUUUGUCAACCAUUGCUAUGUGGACACAGAGGUAGAGAUGAAGGAGAUCUACACUAGCAACCACAUCUGGACGCUGUUUGAGAACUUCACCCUUGACAUGGCCAGGGUGUGCAAGAAACGUGAGAAGCGCUUAGCGGAUCCGCCUUUGGAGAAGUACGUGCUCACUGUGGUGCUGGACACCAUCAAUGCCUUCUUCAGCUCCCCUUUCUCUGAGAACAGCACCUCACUACAGACCCACCAGACUAUUGUUGUGCAGCUCCUCCAGUCUACCAUGAGGCUGUUGGAGUGUCCUUGGCUGCAGCAGCAGCACAAGGGCUCUGUGGAAGCUUGUAUCCGCACGCUGGCUAUGAUUGCCAAGAGCCGCUCCAUUGCAUUACCCAUGGACCUUGAUGCCCAUGUCAGCUCCCUGCUGAACAGCAGCUCCAUCAGCAACGCACAACGGAAUACCUCCAACUACAAGACAGCCUCGCGUGCUUUUCCUCGUGUCUCAGCUACAGCCAACCAGUGGGACUACAAGAACAUAAUUGAGAAGCUGCAGGACAUCAUCAAUGCCUUAGAGGAGCGCUUGCAGCCCCUGGUAGAAGCUGAACUUUCAGUCCUGGUGGAUGUCCUGCACCGUCCAGAACUGCUUUUCAUGGAAGGCACUGAGGCCUACCAGCGUUGCGAAAGUGGUGGCUUCCUCUCCAAAUUGGUCCAGCAUACCAAAGACCUGAUGGAAUCUGAGGAGAAGCUUUGCAUUAAGGUGCUCAGGACACUGCAGCAGAUGCUAGUGAAGAGGAACAAAUAUGGAGAGAGGGGAAACACAUUGAGGAAAAUGCUUUUGGCUAAUUAUUUGCAAACCAAAAGAUCUGGCUCCAAAGGGGAGAUUGUUGAUCCUUCUGGAACUGGCCAAGACCAGGAUUGGUCAGUCAUUGCUACCAUUCAGUGCCGGCUGGACAGAGAAGGGGCCACCAAGCUGGUGUCAGACCUGAUCAUGAACACUAAACAUGAGAAGAUUUUUCAGGAAAGUAUCCGCUUGGCCAUCCGACUGCUUGAUGGGGGCAACACAGAGAUACAGAAAUCAUUCUACAACUUGAUGACCAGUGACAAGAAGUCAGAAAAAUUCUUUAAAGUUUUGCAUGACCGGAUGAAGAAGGCUCAGCAGGAGGUCAAGUCUACGGUGACAGUGAACAUGAGUGAUAUUGGUAACAAGCCUCAUGAGGACAAAGACUCCCCUGAGCACAGCAGCAAAGGAGGAGUCACAACUUUCAUGCUGCCCAGUGCUCCAUCCCGUUACCCAAUGGGUGUAGGGUUCCGGACUGGCCAUGAUGCAAGAGACAGAAGCCAGAACAAUGAAAUGGGUGUGUCAGUUUUGAUCAUGGAGCCAAUUCUUCGCUUCCUGCAGCUGUUGUGUGAGAAUCACAACCGGGAUCUCCAGAACUUCCUUCGCUGCCAAAACAAUAAGACCAACUACAAUUUGGUGUGCGAAACCCUGCAGUUUCUGGAUAUUAUGUGUGGUAGUACCACAGGACGGCUGGGCUUGUUGGGCCUCUACAUCAAUGAAUACAAUGUGGCCCUCAUCACCCAGACUCUAGAGACACUGACAGAAUAUUGCCAGGGACCCUGUCAUGAGAAUCAGAGCUGCAUUGUGACCCAUGAGUCAAAUGGCAUUGACAUAAUCACAGCCCUGAUCCUCAGUGACAUCAGUCCCCUCUGCAAGUACCGAAUGGACUUGGUUCUUCAACUAAAGGACAAUGCCUCCAAGCUUUUGCUGGCCCUGAUGGAGAGUAGGCAUGACAGUGAGAAUGCUGAGCGGAUUCUCAUCAGCCUCCGGCCCCAAGAGCUGGUUGAUGUCAUUAAGAACGCCUAUCUUGAAGAAGAAGAGUGUGAGACCUUGGAGGUUUCUCCUCGGGAAGUUGGACACAACAUCUACAUUUUAGCCCUACAGCUCUCUCGGCACAACAAGCAGCUUCAGCAUCUCCUUAAACCUGUGAAACGGAUUCAGGAGGAGGAAGAAGAGGGGAUCUCUUCUAUGCUCAUCCUACACAACAAGCAGCUGACCCAGAUGUUGAAAUCAACAACUCCUGUCCAAGAGGAAGAGGAAGAUCCAUUAGCAUAUUAUGAGAAGCACACAUCUCAGAUAGAGAUUGUGCGCCUGGACCGGAGCAUGGAGCAGAUUAUCUUCCCGGUGCCCAACAUCUGCGAGUUCCUGACGAAAGAGACGAAAUACCGUCUAUUUACCACAACAGAGCAGGAUGAUCAGGGCAGCAAAGUCAGUGAUUUCUUUGAGCAGUCGUCCUUUCUCCACAACGAAAUGGAAUGGCAGAAGAAACUGCGCAGCAAUCCACUGAUGUACUGGUUCUCCCGCAGAAUGACACUCUGGGGAAGCAUUUCCUUCAACCUGGCUGUCUUCAUAAACAUCAUCAUUGCUUUAUUCUAUCCUUAUGUCGAGGCAUCCUCAAUGGGGUUGUUAGAUUCCCCGCUGAUCCCACUGCUCUCCUGGUUUUUAAUCUGCUUCUCCAUUAUGGCUCUGUUUACCCGACGCUAUGGUGUCAGACCGCUCCUUGUGGCAUUGAUCCUGCGAUCUAUCUACCACCUGGGCAUUGGACUCACUCUGAACAUACUGGGAGCUCUCAAUCUGACAAAUAAGAUUGUGUUCGUGGUAAGCUUUGUUGGCAACCGUGGGACAUUCAUCCGAGGAUACAAGGCCAUGAUCAUGGAUAUGGAAUUUCUCUAUCAUGUUGCCUAUAUCCUGACCAGUGUCUUGGGGAUCUUUGUACAUGAACUUUUCUACAGCAUCUUGCUGUUUGACUUGAUCUACCGUGAGGAGACCUUAUUUAAUGUCAUCAAAAGUGUGACGCGUAAUGGACGCUCCAUCCUGCUGACAGCCCUUUUGGCCCUCAUCCUCGUCUACCUCUUCUCCAUAGUAGGCUUCCUCUUUCUGAAAGAUGACUUCAUUCUCGAAGUAGAUCCACUGCCCAACAUCAAAUCUAAAGGUACCCCUUUAGGGAUGCAAGUAAACAUGGACACUUUUAUGGAGUCGUGCAGUAAUGAUAAAAUUAGCUGCUCUUCUGGUGUUGCUAAGCCUGAAGCAAUGGAAGAAGAGGAUGAGGAUAAUACAGAGCGUGCCUGCGACACACUGCUUAUGUGCAUAGUCACUGUCCUGAAUCAUGGCCUCAGAAAUGGAGGUGGUGUGGGUGACAUCCUCAGGAAGCCAUCCAAGGACGAGUCUCUCUUCCCUGCCCGUGUGAUCUACGACCUCCUCUUCUUCUUCAUUGUCAUAAUCAUAGUCCUCAACCUCAUCUUUGGUGUCAUCAUUGAUACCUUUGCAGAUCUGAGGAGUGAGAAGCAGAAAAAAGAAGAAAUCCUGAAGACAACAUGUUUUGUAUGUGGACUUGAAAGGGACAAGUUUGACAACAAGACUGUAUCCUUUGAAGAGCACAUUAAAUUUGAGCACAACAUGUGGAAUUAUUUAUACUUCAUAGUACUGGUGCGAGUGAAGAAUAAGACUGACUAUACAGGGCCUGAGAGCUAUGUCGCACAAAUGAUAAAGAACAAAAACCUGGACUGGUUCCCUCGGAUGCGAGCCAUGUCACUAGUCAGCAAUGAAGGCGAAGGGGAGCAGAAUGAGAUCCGUUGUCUGCAGGAUAAACUUAAUUCUACCAUGAAACUGGUAUCCCACCUCACAUCACAGCUGAACGAGCUGAAGGAGCAGAUGACAGAGCAAAGGAAGCGAAGACAGCGGAUGGGUUUUGUGGAUGUCCAAAACAGCUUGAACCACUGAGAUAGUAAAAACAAUUUCACCAAACUAAAACUAUAAUAUACAUAUGCACUUCCUGAGGAUGGUAUUUGGUACAAAGAAAGCUGAUUGAAGUCAUGAUGAUUCAUACUGUGGAGUACCAGCACCAUCUCCUGUUCAUCUCCAGUAGGGCUGAUUGCAUUUUAUUCAACAAGAGACCGGAAGGUGACAGCUAGCAGGAUGUGUUGCUUCAUAUGGAUUAAUAGUUUACCAUACAUUUGGGAGCUUUGUUGCUCCUUAUGAUAACUGUUGCUACAACGGGUUAUCUGUCUCCAUGCACUACAUUUUAAUGGCUUCACAGCCAGGUGCAAAUAGGAUUGACACUGUCACUAGCAAGUAGUAAUUUGCUAUAUUUUAACUUAUUUUAGAAGAGCCCAUGAAAUUCAACAUAUAUGAAUCUCUCUUUACAAGCUUGUCAUCUCAAAUUUUCUGGAGUCACUGGGAUUUUUCUUCAUCUCUAGAAUCCUAUUUAAGCAGAGAAGAAAUUGCACAAACAUUUAUUUUAACACUUCAACUGAAGAUGGGUGGCAGAUUUCAUUUUUGGGAAAUGAAAUUGCAUUUGCUUUCCAUGGAGAGACUUUGUCAACAUUAGUGGGAGAUUGCAUGUUCAUGCUGCGCUGCGAAAGAGCAAUCUAUUCCCCCCCCUUCCCCAUACAACAGGUUGGAAGACAGUGCACACCAUGGCUUUGCUUGUAGACAAUUAAAUGGUUGUAGAGUAGGAAUAUUUCAGUUGGCUAAUGCAAGGUACCAGUAAUACAAUCAUCAGAAUGGAUACUGAAGGUCCCCUGAAUACAGUUAGUUACAUAAGUAAGGGGGUGGAGAUAUAAAGGGGGGGAGGACAAUAUUCCAGAGAAAUGUCAUGUAACAAAAUAUAUUCCAAACUGCAGCAUUAAAGGCCUGGAUGUGAAUUUAGAACAGCCUAUUCCAACCAAAUAUCUCCAGAUGCUCUGGACUAUACCUCCCAUUGCCCAUUCUGGCUUGGACAGUUGGAGUCUACCACCAUGUGGAGGACACCAGCUGCCAAAAAAGGCUGAUUUAGAAGUUCCCAAAUCAACACAUCCUUCCUCAAAGCUCCAUUGGACUGCUGUGUAAUAUGAAAAAAAUGGCAAGUUGUGCUUCAACAGUUGGAUUACAACUCAAACCUAACGGCAAAUACAGUGAACCAAAGGGUUAUUAGUUACAAUUCAAGAUUGGUCUGUAAGGGUUGCCACUUUGUUCAGGGAGAUAAGGGAGUAUGAGGAAUGAAAAAUUUCUUGCUCCAGCCCAUAUAAGCCUUUCCAUUCCUUUUGCCUUGACCAAAGCAGGGCAUGCCUCAAUGGUACAUAUUACUGCUGUGCAGAGAUUUAAGAGGAGAAAAGGAUUUCACUAACUAGGAGUGCAACUUUGCCAUUUCUCUUGCUCUAGUAUGUUUUACAUUGUUUAAAUUUUAAUAUGAGAACUUCCUUAAAUUAAUACACAAAAACCAAAUAAAAUGGAAAGGAGAAGGAAUAAUUUCUUGAUAUGCUUGCUGGUAAACUGCAAGCUUGUCAGACAAUCAUGUUUGAGUAGUUUUCUAAAGAGCUGCUGGAUUAGUUACAUUCUGCUUGGCACUGAAGCCAUUUAAGCUAGCAUUUCAGGCAUGUCCUUUUCUGCAGGUUUUCCUAGAAUGCUCUGACAGUACCUGCUAAGCUUACCACAAGAUUCCAAGUGUAUGGAGGCUCAUUCUGAGCCUUCUGUGCUAGAAGGUCUAUUGAUCCUAGCUGUUUUGGAUUGAGAAAUAAAAGUAGACACUGUUUGUAUUGUAGGGGAUGGUAGACAAUUUAUUUUGGGCAGCUUAUCUACUGUAACCCUUUUUUUACAGCACCUGGCAUUCCAAUAAAACCACACGAAGUCAUUAAAAGGGAGUAAGACAAGGCCACACCUCUAUCCAGUAUAGUGUCCAUAUUUGGUUGGGAAUAUUUUCUUUGAACUCUAAAAAGUUGUGAAAUACAAUUGCACAUCAACUGCAAGAUGAUAUUCAACAACAUAUAUGCCUCUCUCCAAAGAACACAGAAACACCUAGUCUAAGAAUGGCAACCAUGUCACCACAGUGUUCUGCAAAUAUAUCUAAAGACUUCCUAAUAUCCUCUCAUAAACUAAUUAACCAAGUGGGGGACUUUCUUGUCUCAAUCCAGAGUAGCUUCUCCCCACGUGUUCAUCAAUACCCAAAGCACUGUCCCUGAAAGACAAGCAGUUUUGAGAUGAGAUGCCAAAACCAUCUCUCUUGUUUAAGAAAGUUCAACAUCAUCAUAUGUAAGCAAAUGGAAAAAAAAACUUGUUUCAUAAAGCUGAAGUAAAGUGUUUUAGGAAAAUCUGUUAGGGUGAAAAAGUUAUCAUUUGGAAUCUUCUUCAGAAUUCUUGGCAGAGAAUUUUUCACGUAACUUUGUCCAUUUUCCUUUCUUUGCUUCUUCCAUCUGUUUCAAGCUAUCUGCAAGGAAGGGGUGGGGGUGGAAAAAGGAAUAUAGUUUUCAUUAUAAAAUAUAUUUUCUAACUGUUUCUUCAAGAGGCUACUUCACACAAUAACAUGGUUAUAUAUGCAUGUUUACCAUCCUGUACACACAUGAAAGGGACCCACAGUCAAUCCUAGCUAUCUGGCACAUGUGCAGUUCAUAUGGCUGAACACUCACAUUAAUUGUGCACAGGUACUCCAUUUAAAAAACUAUAAGACGUGAAGCAGCCAUUCAUUUCCAUUUAAAUAAAUUUUUGUUCCACUGCCUGGGGCAGACCUGUUUUUUUUAUUCUUAACAGUACAAGCGGAGCUAGCAAAAACUAGCAUUUUACACACUGCAGCCAGAAUAGAAGCCUGCAAUAGCUGUAAGACACUUCAGAAUUGUUCAAAUACACUGUUUCCAUAAAGUCUCUGUGCAGAUACAUAGUUAACUAAAAUAAAUCAUACUACAGUAUAACAGAAAACUCUUGAACUGUAACAAGUAAAACCAAGCAGAGAAAGAAUCUUCGACACAGGAUAAUGUGCAUUUAACUUUAACUAUUCUUGCUUGUAUUUCUUGGGCCCAAAGCAGAACCCAUUAUUUAUUUAUUUAUUUAUUUUAUUUAAUUUAUAUACCGCCCUAAGCCCAAGGGCUCUCUGGGCGGUGUACAUAAAAUAAAACAGUCAGGAAUAUAUAAAUACAAUAAUACAAUAAAAUCAAGCCAACAAAGGUAAACAAAAAUAAUCAAACAGCAGCAAAAUACAACAAUACAUAUAAUAAAACGCAUUAAUGCAGGAAGGUUGGAAACCAACAAAACCUGUUGAUUACUGUUGUCUUUCCUACACUAAAUGUCUGUCGGUCUUUGUCUGGGUACAUACCCUCCCUUCUUCAGACUUGUGUGUCUCAUGCGCAGGGCAAUUAAACACUGAAAACUUGUAUCACUGAAAGCCCUAUUUCUGUCCUCACAGGAUUGGAGCCAAAACAGGGUCACUGAGAAGCAAAAAGGUAUUAGCAUGCUCAGAUGGACCCUGAAGUAUGCAAUAGUACGCAAUUCAGCUUUACUGGAUAUCCCUGAGUUCUAGUGUUAAGAGGGAGAAAAACUUUUCUCUAUCCACUUUCUCCAUACCAUGCAUAAUUUUAUACACUUCUAUCAGAUUGCUUCUUACUUGCCUUUUGUCUUAACUAAAAAGCCUCAAAUGCUAUAAAUUUUCCUCAUAGAGGAGUUGCUACAUCCCCUUGUUUAUUCUAAUUGCCCUUUUCUGAAUAUUUUCCAAUGCUACAAUAUCCUUUUUGAGGUGAAGCAACCAGAACUGUACACAGUAUUCCAAAUACAGUCAUGCCUGACUUGCAUAACAGCAUUAUGAUAUUAGCAGUUUUAUUUUCAAUUCCUUUCCUAAGGGUCUCUAGCAUGGAAUUUGCCUUUUUACAGCUGCUGCACACUGGGUUGACGUAUUUAGCAAGCUAUCCAUUACAACCCCAAGGUCUCAUUCCGGGU